UGGAAUAAUUUGCCAAACGUGAACACUGAGAGAAAUGUGCAGUGGCCUUCAGCAUAUAGCACUACUAUGGAUGUCCAGUCUGGCAGUCUGCACUACAGACACCCUAAGAGAGAAGGCUGAAAGGCUUAUGAGUGAAACUCCAUUAAUAGACGGGCAUAAUGACCUUCCUUGGCAAAUCAGGAGUCUAUACAACAAUCAGCUCAACCAAGUUGAUCUCAACACUCUGAACAAGACACACACCAACAUACCGAAGAUAAAAGCUGGCCGUAUAGGAGCUCAGUUCUGGGCUGCAUACGUGCCUUGUGGCUGUCAGUACAAGGAUGCGGUGAGACAGACAUUAGAACAGAUUGACCUGGUACGCCGGAUGACACAAAGUUAUCCAGAACAUCUGAAGUUUUCCACCAGCAGUCAAGAAAUAUUGCAAGCAUUUCAGGAAAAUAAGACAGCCAGCCUGAUUGGUGUAGAAGGAGGACACUCUAUUGAUUCCAGCAUGGCUACAUUGCGUAUGUUUUACCAACUUGGUGUCCGCUAUCUAACCUUAACACACAGCUGUAACACCCCUUGGGCUGAUAACUGGCAGGUGGAUAAUGGAGAUGAAAAUCCAGAAAGCAAUGGUUUAUCUGAAUUUGGAAAAAAUCUGAUUAAGGAAAUGAACAGGAUAGGAAUGAUAAUUGAUCUGGCACACGUGUCACAGAAGGUGAUGAAGGACGUUCUUGACAUCUCAGAGGCUCCAGUCAUUUUUAGCCAUUCUUCAGCUUACAAAAUUUGUCCAAGCAAGCGUAAUGUACCAGAUGAUAUUCUUAUAAAAGUGGCAGAAAAAAAAGGCAUCGUAAUGGUGAACUUCUACAAUAAUUAUGUCACCUGCAAUAAGAUAGCCAAUCUUUCAGAUGUAGCAGAUCACUUUGAUCACAUCAAACAUGUGGGUGGUGCUGCCAUCGUUGGUUUUGGAGGAGAUUAUGAUGGUGUUAGUAGGGUUCCUCAAGGGCUAGAAGAUGUAUCAAAAUACCCUGACCUGGUGGCUGAACUUCUUAACCGUGGAUGGACUGACAAAGAAGUGAAAGAAGCACUUGGGGAAAAUUUGCUAAGAGUCUUCAAAAAAGUGGAAGAGGUGCGUGAUCAGAUGUCUAAAACCCUUCCCAAUGAUAUCCCAAUUCCAUAUGAAGAGGUAAAUAAUCCCUGCAGGACCAGUUAUGGAUACCAGAUUAAUAAUGGGGCUGAAGUUUUCAAAUUAACCUUUUAUCCACUUAUGAUUUUUUCCAUUGCACUACAAUAUUAA